UGUGUUUUUGUUUUGAAUGGCAAGAGGAUGUGCAUGUAGGAGCUAGCUGGGCUAAUCUCGAUUGUCUGUGGAAGUAUGAUAAUUACCUGGCCAGCAGGACCACACUCAUGAUGAACUUCGACGGUAUGGACCCGGGACUGGGCGAGUACGCGGCCGGCCUGCACGGUGGCCUGGAGCCCGGGCUGGACCCGGCUCUGGACCCGGCGCUGCUGCAGGCCGUGGAGCUGGACCCGGACGCCAUGGCCGUGCCCGUGGUCGAGGGCAUGUACUCCGAGCUGCACAGUGUGGCAUCCGAGGUCGGAGUUCCAGUCACAGCGACCCACUUCGACUUGCAGGAAGAGCUGCUGUGGAUCGGGAACCACCGGGGACAUGCAAGCUCCUUUUUUGGGCCCACGAUGGGGCGUUACUCCUCUUUCCAGGUGCACCUGGCUGAUGACAUCCGCCAUAUUCAGAGCAUGGACACCAGCGUCCUGUUUUUGACUAAGAGUAACCUCAAGUGCCUUACACGCGGAGGCCUCAUCAUGUUCGACUACCCGAUGGAGGAGGGUGUUGACAUGCACAGUUUGCUGCUCACUGACAAUAACACGCUGUUGUUGGGAGGCUUGCAGAACUAUGUGACCGAGGUGGAUCUGAACACCGUGCAGGAAACACAAAAAUUCACCGUGGAGAUCCCUGGCGUGGCCAUCAUGAGGCAGUCCAAUCGUUUCUUCUUUUGUGGACAUACGUCAGGAAAGGUGUCUUUGCGAGAUCUGCGCACCUUUAAAUUGGAGCACGAGUUUGACGCGUACUCGGGCAGCCUUUCCGAUUUUGAUGUUCAUGGCAACCUGCUGGCGGCGUGCGGUUUCUCCAGCCGUGGCCUCAACGGCCUGUCAUGUGAUCGCUUCCUAAUGGUGUACGACCUGCGCAUGAUGCGAGCUGUUACCCCUCUGCAGGUGCACGUGGAUCCGCUGUUCCUCCGCUUCAUCCCUACCUACACUUCCCGACUGGCCAUUAUCUCCCAGACAGGUCAGUGUCAGUUCUGCGAGCCCACAGGUCUGGCUAACCUGGCUGAUAUUUUCCACGUGAACACAGUAGGCCAGCUGCUAAUGAGCUUCGACGUGUCGAGCAGUAAGCAGGCGCUGGCUUUCGGAGACUCGAGCGGUUGUGUGCACCUGUGGUCCAGCGCCCCCGAUGUCUCCUUCAACGACUACUCCAGAGAGACGGAGCUGGCACUGCCGUGCCUCGUAGACUCACUGCCCCAGCUGGACUGGAACCAUGAGCUGGUUCCCAUUUCUCUGGUGCCCAUGCCACUCACCAGCACAGAGCCUCUUCUCUCAGACUGGCCCAGCAACCUCAUCACACCCAGCCCCAGACACGCACCUGCCGUUGACCCAGAGAUUUUGAGGACGAUGAAGACUGUCGGGUUUAUUGGAUAUGCCCCGAACCCUCGUACACGCCCCAGAAAUCAGGUUCCUUAUAAGAUAAAGGAGGUGGAGCUGGAGUAUGACAGCUAUAACCAGGUUCCAGAGUCUCCAAUUGGACGAGAUGAGGAGCCACACCUUUACAUGGUGCCAAAGAAGUACAGAAAGGUCACCAUCAAAUACUCCAAACUGGGGCUGGAGGACUUUGACUUCAAGCAUUACAACAGAACUCUGUUUGCUGGUUUGGAGCCUCAUAUACCCAAUGCUUACUGUAACUGUAUGAUCCAGGUGUUGUAUUUCCUGGAGCCAAUUAGAUGCUUGGUGCAGAAUCACCUGUGUCAGAAGGAGUUCUGUUUGGCCUGUGAGCUCGGCUUCCUCUUUCAUAUGCUGGAUCUGAGCAGAGGAGACCCCUGCCAGGCCAGUAAUUUCCUGCGGGCGUUCCGGACCAUCCCUGAAGCGUCGGCUCUCGGCUUGAUCCUGGCCGAUUCUGACGAGCAGACGGGCAAAGCCAGGCUCGGUCGCCUAAUCCAGAGCUGGAACUGCUUCAUCCUCACACAGCUGCAUCAGGAAACUCAGGAGCAGGAAGGACCUCAGGCUUACAGAGGGACCAGCAGUACACUGGGUUCCUCAGGGGAGUCAGUGAUCGGCAGGCUGUUUGGCUGUGAGGUGGAGAACAGUAGUCUCUGUCGCUGUGGGAAGGAGACGGUGCGCUCCUCACUCACCCUACUCUUCACCAUGCACUACCCUGAGCACAGCUCCCUUGAAAAGUUCCCAGAAUAUAACUUUGCUGACAUCCUGAAGAAGAGCAUCUGUCUGGAGCAGAGCACACAGGCCUGGUGUGAAAACUGUGAAAAAUAUCAGCCCACAGUGCAGACAAGGAACAUCCGUUGUCUGCCUGAUGUGUUGGUGGUAAACUGUGAGGUGAACAGUGUGAAAGAAGCAGAGUUCUGGAAAGCCCAAGCUGAGUACUCCUUCAACAAGGCACUGAAGAAAGAAGCUGCAGAGCCACCAAAGCCCAAAGAGCCUCUUCCUACAGAGUGGUGCUUAGAGGAUGAGGUCGGCAAUGCGGAAGGUUUAACCUUUGACACACGAGCAGAGGACCUGAGGCAUGUGUGGAUUCCACAGAGUCUAAAGAUGUGCAUUAAUAAGACACACGGUCUGGAGGUGUGCAGCUGGCUCGAGACUGAUGAGUUAAGUCCAGAGGAAGAGUCUGAGGGCGCUGCUGUAUAUGACCUGGUGGUCACUGUGCCUCACAUUCUCGACCCCCGUACAGGUGGAAACCUGGUGGCUCAUAUCAAAGUGGGAGAGACGUACCACCAGAGGAAAGAGGGGGUCACACAUCAGCAGUGGUACCUCUUCAAUGACUUCCUGAUUGAGCCCAUUGAUAAGACUGAAGCGGCUCAGUUUGAUUUAAGCUGGAAGGUGCCGGCCAUCGUUUACUACGCCAGGAGGAACUACCAUACUAAAUAUGACCUGCGCAUUAAAAACCCGAUUGAAGCCAACGUCCUGCUGACAGAAGCAUCACUGGCCCGCAAACAGAGGAAGAGUCACGCUACAUUCAUCCCUCUGAUGGUGAGUGAGAUGCCUCAGGCUGGAGACCUUGUGGGACUGGACGCAGAGUUUGUCACGCUCAAUCAGGAAGAGGCGGAGCUACGAAGCGACGGUACCAAGUCCACCAUAAAGCCGAGCCAGAUGUCUGUGGCUCGUAUAACUUGCGUGAGGGGACAGGGGCCAAACGAGGGGGUUCCUUUUAUUGACGAUUACAUUUCAACACAGGAGCAGGUGGUCGAUUACUUGACUCAGUACUCGGGAAUCAAACCUGGUGACCUGGAUGCCAAAAUUUCUUCUAAGCACUUAACCACCCUUAAGUCCACUUACCUCAAACUCCGCUUCCUUAUCGACACCGGAGUUCGUUUUGUUGGCCACGGUUUACAGAAGGACUUCCGAGUCAUAAACCUGCUGGUCCUGAAAGACCAGGUGAUAGACACAGUCUACCUCUUCCACAUGCCCAGGAAAAGAAUGAUCUCUCUGCGUUUCCUUGCCUGGUGUUUCCUGGACUUAAACAUUCAGAGUGAGACCCACGACAGUAUAGAGGACGCACGCACCGCUCUGCAGCUGUACAGGAAGUACUUAGAGCUGAGCCGUGGGGGGCUGGAGGAGUUCCGGAAAGUGCUAAAGGGCCUUUAUGAAAAAGGACGUAAGCUAGACUGGAAAGUGCCAGAGUCAGACUCUGCAGACAGCCAGGGAAGCCCCAAAGGUACCGCUGUGUUCCCCUCAGUGCUCGGCUUAUGAUCAGAGUGAAAUUCCUUUUUUGCAGCAGUAACAUUCCAGCCAAAUGGACUAGCUAUUCUUCACUUAUCCAUCAAGGAGUCCUCGAUAUCCCUGACAAAGCCAGCUGGUUUAUCGCUAUAAUCAUUGCCUCGCUGUUACAAACACUGGAAAAGCAAACACCGAUUUAUACCACUUAUUUUGGGGAAAGUGAACAUGCAGUUGGGGGAAAAUGACUUGGUUUGAUGCAUUUGGAAUCAGUUCCCUUAGAUUGGUUUAACGGAAUAGUUUAACAAAAAAAAAGUGCACGUUUUUCACAUUACAAGACAUGUUUGGUAAUGUACAGUGAAUCUAAAAAAGUCUACACACCCCUGUUACAACUUUUAAUGCGAUACCUUUUAAUGUUGAUAUAGCAGCUAAAAAAUUAAGUGAAUAACAAAUACAAAUGUUUUAGGGAAGAAAAAUAAAAAAAUCUCGAAAUAACCAACCCCUUGUGAACACCCCUUAACUUAUACUUUGUUAAAGCACCCUUUGCUACAGCACUCAGGCUUUUUGGUUAAGAGUCUACCAACUUCGUACAUGAUUUGACAAUGUCCUCAAACUCUGAUAAUGUUUAAUUUCAUUUUAUUCAUUUCAUUUUGAUAAGACUUUUUAUAGACUCGUCGGUGAGUGUAUGAUUACAUUGACUACAUUUGUGGUAAUUAAAUUUUUGCUCAGAUUAUCCCUUUUAGCCUGCGUGGUUAAGACUCCGUGCUAAUGACGUGGGUUGAGUUUCCCAAAAGCAUAGCAAAGUUAAGAUUAUUUCAUCUUGGAAAUUAUUUCAUCUGUGUUCAGUGUGAUACUCGCAUUACUGUUUAACGAUGAUCUUUGUGCGGCAAUGCUUUUGGGAAACUCAGAACGGUGUGAGUUCAAAUCCCAGCACUGCCAAGAUGCCACCGUUGGGCCUUUGAGCAGGACUCUUAACUCUCAUCUGCUUGGCAAAACUGUAAGGCACUUGACGGCCCAGUGAGGAAUUAUAUCCAGGACUGAUAUAUUUGCCACUCCAGUGGGCUUAAACUACAUAUACUUACAUCUGCGUUCAUUAACUCAGCAAUUUACUGUUCUUGUUUGAGUCACUUUUUAUAAGCGAUAAAGCGUCUCAAAAUGACCAUUUAAAGAAAUGUUCAAAUUGUGUUGUUAUUAAAUAAUACCAGCAUUUUGGAAUCGGGUGAGCUAUCCACAUCGAGUCUAGUUUGAAGAUAAUGGCUAUUAGUGACACCUUUUGAAUGUGCUUAACGUGCAUAUUUUGAGAUUUUGUCUCUAUCUCUGACUUUUUUCCCCCCGCCGUAGCAUCACUAAUACAUCAUUUGAUGUAUGUUUCAGUCCUGGCUGUACACUGACUCCACAUCGUACCGGGACAAAUUUGCGUCAGCUUUUCCUGUUUUGACCUUCCUGUAGAGUCUGACAGUGCACGUACUGAAUUUUUGGUGUUCGUACAGGAAGCCAAAGCAAACAAACUGUUGUGGUGUUUUUUUUUUUUUGUAUUUUGUAACCAUGAUGUAUACUUUCAUAAUGAAGCAGCUGAAUAAAAAAUUUUUUGGACA